AUGGACCCCUUCAACGCCUUGGGAGUCGCGGCAGCGACGAUACAGUUCGUCGACUCUGCUACCGCUCUCAUAUCUGCAGGCAGCAAGAUCUGUAGGUCCAAGACUGGAGAGCUGCAGCUGGAGUCGGAAAGCCGAACGAUCGCUGAAGAGUUGGAAAGCCACCAUGGGGAACUGAGAGAUUCCAACUCUAACGGGAGCGGAGAUGUCUCCCAAAUAGAAAAGCAGAUUCGGGCCAUGUGCGACCAGUGCGAUGCUGUGGCUCAGGAUCUUCUCCACGCCGUGCAAAAGUUAAAGUCCCGGCGUUGGAGCAAAAAGGAGAAGUUUGAAACCUUCAAGCAAGCUCUGCAAGCCGUCUGGACUCCAGAGCAGAUCACACAUUUGGAGCAGCGUCUUGGAAGUUGGCGAUCUCAGCUCAUUCCUCUUAUUCUUUCGGCGUUGAGGGAACAACAAACACGACUCGGCAGCCAAGUCCCUCUUGUCCAGAGCACAGCAGCGCAAAAUUAUCGGAACGGCCAAAGAUUCUUAGAAUGCCUGCGAAAGAACAGGGAAUAUUACUCGGAGAUCCACGACGCCAUUCGAGAGAACCCUAGGCCGUCCGGAGGGGUCUAUGCGCUCUCCUCCGGCAACGAAUUCGAGACGGGCAUCCUUUCGGCUCUAUUCUUCGACGCAACGCAGAACCGGGAAGAUGCAAUUCCCGACGCUUGCAAGGGGAGCUUUGAAUGGAUAUUCCAGCAGCCUCAAUCCGAAAAUAGACAAUGGACCAGCUUUUCCGACUGGCUGCGAGAAGACUCGGAUCAACGUAUUUACUGGAUCACUGGCAAGGCGGGUGCGGGUAAAUCAACGCUUAUGAAGUUCAUCUGUCAUAACCAAGCCACUCGAGAACUGUGUUACGAAUGGGCCGGUAAUGAGAGGCUGCUCCAUGCACGAUUUUACUCCUGCGACUCCAGCAAUACUUUGCAGUCGUCUCAAGAAGGCCUUCUCCGGUCUUUAUUGUACCAAGUUCUAAGGCAGGACCAACAUUUCGCGGCAAGGGCCUUCCCCGACCAGUGGGAGAUGUUCUCACUGCUCGGGAUUCAGCCGGAUUCUCCAAUGACAGUACCAUAUCUACAGCAAGGCUUGGAACGCGUGAUAAAAUCCAGUCCCGACUCACGGUUCACUUUCUUCGUCGACGGCCUUGAUGAGUUCCGUGGUGACCCAGACACCUUGGCGGCUUUCUUCCAGAAGUUGACACUCAGCACGAAUAUCAAAGUCUGUCUCAGCGCCCGGCCGUGGACGAAUUUCAAGAAAUCCUAUGGAUUUGGACCUAACCUGCGCCUGGAAGAACUGAACUAUCCGGAUAUCGUCCAGCUCACGCAAUCCAGCCUGGAGAAAAGUACAGACUUCACUCACUUUUGCAAGCAGUCUCCGAAACAGGCACAAGCAUUGGUUGAAGCAACUGCCGAGAAGGCCUCUGGUGGCUUCGUAUUGGUUGAGUUAAUGCUUCGUUUGCUCCUCCAAGGUCUCCAAGAUGGAGAAAGGCUUUCGGAUCUUCGUCGACGAUUGGAUAAUGCACCCAGUGAUUUGGAACAAAUGUUCCAGAAAAUGCUGGACAGCAUCGAGCCACAACGCGCCGAACACGCUUCGCAGAUAUUCCAAAUGGUCCGAGCUGCCAGGGCUCCAAUCAGCCUUCUUUGCCUCUCCUUCGCCGGCGAAGACGAUCCGCAUCUCCCUUACGAGCACCCGGUCGAGCCUUUGACAGAAGAGCAAGAAGAGGCUCGAGCAGACCAGAUGCGGCGCCGCCUCAACAGCCACUGCAAAGGCCUUCUCGUAGCGACACCGCGGAACUCCGACCCCCAGGCCACCGUCGACUACCUCCACCGCACCGUCCGCGACUACCUCCACCGCGGCUCCGUCUGGCACCACCUCACAUCCCAUUCGAGCCCCUCUUCCCCCUUCGACCCGCACCUCGCCCUCGCCCACGGCUUCCUCCUCGUCCUCAAAACCGCCCGCCUCUCCCCUCCCCAAUGGCACUCCCACCGCCUCGACUACCCCUACUCCCCCGACGACAACGACGACAGCACCACCACCACGCCGUCGACCCCCAACUUCGCCGCCCUCCUCCUCUCCACCAUCCGCCACAUCACCUCCAUCCCCGCCCCCUCCCCCCAAGAAAGCGAAACCGCCGAACCCGCUCCCUCCCAGCACUACAUCCCCCUCCUCGACGCCCUCGCCCACACCACCCGCGCCCUCAUCCGCCGCGAAGGGCCCUGCACCAACAACACCGAAUCGUCGCGCUGCUGGUGCCGCGGCGCCGCCGACCACCCGGACGACGGCCCCUUCACCGCGCUGGCCGUGCGCCUCCAACUACUGCCGUACGUCGCGCACCGGCUCGACCGCACGUGGCUGCUGCCGGCCGAGAAGCGGCGCGAGGGUGACAGCGGUGCGGCGCCGAUACUGCAUUUCGCCGUCACGUCCGAAAGCAUCGACUACGCCGCCUCGAACGGCGACGGCGAUGCGGAAGGUGCGGAUGUGGCGAUGGUGGAGCGCCGCGCGCGGCUGAUCCACAUGCUGCUGGAGUGGGGCGCGGAGCCGAAUUACGACGCGGCCGGCGGAAACGGGCCGUCGCCGUGGGAGGAGGUGGUGAUGGGGGGCGGGGUUGAGGAGUACGGGGAGGAGGUUUGGGCGGAGUUUUUGAGGUAUGGUGCGGACAAGAGCGUUGUGGUGGAUUCGGGGGCCGCGGCGGGGAGAGGGAGCGGCGGCCUGGCGGGUGGUGCGGGGAAGAAGAAGCGGAGGUGGUAUAGGCGGAUUUGUAGGAGGGAGGAUGGGAGGAUUAGGUGGAAGACGAGGAAGAGUGGGAAGCCGGCGGCUUAA